GGGCGGGGCUCGGCGCCGCGGCGGAAGGGGAAGUGACGUAGGCGGAAGGGGCUCGUUGCUAGGAUACCGGGAUGAUCCGCUCCGCCGUCGCCAUCCACCCCGCCUGCCUGGGGCUGUACUGCGGCCGCACUGUCCUGGCCGUCAACGGCUCCGUGGAGACCUACGGGGACUGCGGGGUGUGCCCCAGGGGCCAGCGGACCGACGAGAACAAAAUCUGCCGGGAAUGCGUAGGGUCUCCCGACCGCUACGACUGGCUGUACCUCGGCUUCAUGGCCAUGCUCCCCUUGGUCCUGCACUGGUUCUUUAUUGAGUGGUAUUCAGGAAAAAAGAGGUUAGUAUCCCCCUCUUCCAAAAAAAGCUCCAGCGCGCUGCUGCAGCACAUCACCGCCUUGUUCGAGUGCAGCGUUGCGGCGAUUGUUACGCUGCUCGUCAGCAACCCUGUAGGCUCCCUGCACAUCCGAUCCUGCAAGGUGAAGAAGCUUUCGGACUGGUACACAAUGCUCUACAAUCCGAGCCCCGAUUACAUCACCACAGUGCACUGCACCCACGAAGCCGUCUAUCCCCUGUACACCAUCGUGUUCAUAUAUUACGCCUUCUGCCUUGUGCUAAUGAUGCUACUCCGACCUCUGCUGGUGAAGAAAAUUGCCUGUGGCUUAGGAAAGUCCGAUCGAUUUAAAAGCAUUUACGCAGCACUUUACUUCUUCCCUGUCCUCACGGUGCUCCAGGCGGUUGGAGGAGGCCUGCUCUAUUACGCCUUUCCAUACAUCAUACUGGUGUUGUCUUUGGUUACGUUGGCUGUGUACAUGUCUGCUUCUGAAGUGGAGUCUUUCAAGGACCUUCUUGUCAGGAAGAAAAGGCUGGUUGUCCUCGUCAGCCACUGGCUGCUCCAUGCCUAUGGAAUCAUCUCCAUUUCCAAACUGGACAAGCUCGAGCAGGACCUCCCGCUGCUUGCCCUCGUCCCUGCGCCUGCCCUCUUCUACGUGCUGACAGCCAAGUACACGGAGCCAUCACGCAUACUCUCAGAGGGUGGAAAUGGACAUUAAAAGGAUACUGUGCCAACAGUGCUGUCCUGCAACGACCUGGAGUAAGCAAGUUUCGUGCUUGGUAUGCAUUUGAAAACCUCUGCUUUAGAAGCAGCCAUUUGUGUACGAGACUGCUGGGUGAAACAUUUCUGAGACUGUAUAAUACUGAAAAGCUGCACUUUGUAUUCUUCACAAACAUCUAGUAUAGAUCAAAGGGAAUGGCUGUAUUUAUUGCUGUGAAUUUGCAUAAAAAGCUUCUGACACAUUCCGGUACAGUGUUUUGCUUGUAUAUUUUCUAUUACAAUAUUUUAGGUGGUGUUUAAAUAAAACAAUAGUUUAUUUUUCAGUAGAUUUUCAAUGAAACAAACAGAGCUCAGAUAAAAAAUAGAGCACUUGAACAUCAAACAGCAGAGCUUAAAUGAAAAAUAGCACUUGUUUUUUUUCAUCAUGCAUUCUAGCUUCUACCUUCGAUGAGGGAAAAGAGACUUUCAGAUAGCUGAAGAUAAGCACUAGAAUUGUGCUCAAGAUGUUUUUUGAUGGAAGGAUCUCCUUAUUUAUUCACUGUGCUUUAUUUUGGCUUCUAGGAGAAAGGAGACAAAAUGCAUUGUGAAGUUCUUGAUAGUUUGUGCUCUGUGUACUGGUUCAGGUGUGGAGACCUGCUCCUGGAAAUGAUUAAGCAGUAGCAUUUCUCCCA